AUGGCGGGCGGGCUGGAGCAGCUGGAGCUGGGGCAGCUCCGCGAGUCUCCCUCCUCGCCCUCGUCCUCGCCGCUCUCCUCCUGCUCGAGGCAGGCCUGGAGCCGCGACAACCCGGGCUUCGAGGCCGAGGCGGAGGAGGACGGGGCCAAGGCGGCGGGCAAAGGGCCCGUGCUGCAAAUGGAGCCCUCGCAGCUCCCUCAGGAAAGCGGGGAGGCCGCAGAGAGCCCCCUUCCUUCUCCUCCGCCUCCGCCUUCUCCUCCUCCGCGCCGCCUGGCCUGGGCCAAGGGAUGGGCCAGGCGCCUCAGGGGUCUAUGGGGUACAAGAUUAAUGGAAGAAACCACAACCAGAGAAAAAUACCUGAAAAGUGUUUUGCGAGAAUUAAUCACGUAUUUGAUGUUUCUCCUGGUUCUUUCUAUCUUGUCUUAUGGGAUGGUGAGCUCUAAUAUGUACUACUACACAAAGGCAAUGUCACAGCUCUUUCUAGACACACCUAUAUCAAAAAUGGAGAAGAUCAACUUCAAAACUUUGUCCACAAUGGAAGACUUCUGGAAGUUCACUGAGGGUCCUUUGCUUGAUGGAUUGUAUUGGGACAUGUGGUACAACAAUAAAACAGUGACAGAGAAUAGAAGUUUCAUUUACCACGAGAACCUGCUUUUGGGAAUCCCUCGGAUGCGGCAGCUGAAAGUGAGAAAUGGCUCAUGUUUAAUACCUGAAGAUUUACAGGAUGAAAUCAAAGACUGUUACAGUGUUUACUCUGUAGGUAAUGAGGACACUGCUCCAUUUGGGCUCCGCAAUGGAACUGCUUGGACAUACUCCAGUGAAAAAGAUCUACAUGGGAGCAGCUAUUGGGGGCUCAUUGCAACGUACAGCGGAGGUGGCUAUUACCAGGAUCUUUCUAAAAGCAGAGAAAAGACCUCUGACUUGAUUGCUGGCCUUAAGAACAACUUGUGGCUUGACAGGGGCACAAGGGCAACAUUUAUUGAUUUUUCUGUAUACAAUGCCAAUAUCAAUCUCUUCUGUAUUGUCAGGUUAUUAGUGGAGUUCCCACCAACAGGAGGCCUCCUUACGUCUUGGCAGUUCCAGCCAGUGAAGUUGAUACACUACAUCUCUACCUUUGACUUCUUCUUAGCUGCCUGUGAAAUAAUUUUUUGUCUUUUUAUUAUUUAUUACGUGGUAGAAGAAAUCCUAGAAAUUCAUAUUCACAGACUAUUCUAUUUCAGAAGUCUUUGGAAUUGUCUUGACGUUCUCAUUAUUCUGCUAUCAGUCGCAGCUAUCGGAAUUAAUAUAUAUCAAACAUCUGCUGUGGAUAGGAUGCUGAAGGAGCUCCUGGAAAAUCAAAAUAGCUUCCCAAAUUUUGAAUCUUUAUCAUACUGGCAAACACAGUUCAACAGUAUUGCAGCCAUCACCAUGUUUUUUGUCUGGAUGAAGCUUUUUAAAUUCAUCAACUUCAACCGGACAAUGAGCCAGUUAUCUUCCACAAUGUCACGAUGUGCCAAAGAUGUCCUUGGUUUUGCUAUUAUGUUUUUCAUCAUUUUUUUAGCCUAUGCACAGCUAGCCUACCUAGUAUUUGGCACACAAGUUGAUGACUUCAGUACCUUCCCGGAUAGUAUCUUUACACAGUUCCGCAUCCUGUUGGGAGAUUUUGACUUUACAGAGGUUGAAGAGACCAACAGAAUUUUGGGACCAGUUUAUUUCACUACAUUUGUAUUCUUUAUGUUCUUCAUUCUUUUGAACAUGUUUUUGGCUAUUAUCAAUGAUACAUACUCAGAGGUCAAGUCGGAUAUGGCACAACAGAAGUCUGAAAUGGAAUUGUCAGAUCUUAUUAAAAAGGAAUACACUAAAGCCAUGGUGAAAUUAAAAUUGAAGAAAACACCAGUUGAUGACAUUUCAGAGAGUUUACGGCAAAGUGGAGGCAAAUUAAACUUUGAUGAACUACGGCAGAACCUUAAGGGAAAAGGACAUACUGAUGCUGAGAUUGAAGCUAUCUUUACAAAGUAUGAUCAAGAUGGUGAUCAGGAAUUGACUGAGCUGGAGCAUCAACAGAUGAGAGAUGAUUUGGAGAAAGAGCGAGAGGACUUGGAUCUAGACAGAAGCUCUCUGAACCGUCCACUGAGUGGCCGUAGUUUUCCACGAAGCCUUGAUGAUUCUGAAGAGGAUGAUGACGAUGACAGCGGGCACAGCUCUAGGAGGAGAGGCAGCAGCUCAAGUGGAGUAUCAUAUGAAGAGUUUCAAGUAUUGGUUCGUCGUGUGGAUCGCAUGGAACAUUCCAUAGGCAGCAUUGUUUCAAAGGUCGAUGCUGUCAUUAUGAAGCUGGAAAUUAUGGAGAAAGCAAAACUCAAGAGGAAGGAGGUCUUGGGAAGGCUGCUGGAUGGGGUCACAGAGGAUGAAAGAUUGGGCCGUGAAAAUGAGAUGCACAGAGAUCAGAUGGAGAGACUUGUGCGAGAAGAACUGGAGCGCUGGGAAUCGGACGAUGCCGCUUCUCAAGUGAGCCACCGCUUGGGGACCCCAAUGGGGCUCAAUGGCCAAAGCCGGGCAAGGAGCUCCCGCCCUUCUUCCUCCCAGUCCACAGAAGGCGCUGAGGGCGGGGGGGCCGGGAAUGGCGGGAGCAACGUAAAUGUCUAGGGGCAUUUUUUGCGCUUUCAAAAACUUCCACAUUUAGUGAUCUACAUAAAUGACAGGGUGCUGUAUCUUACCUGCACAGGUGAGUUGUUUCAAUAAGCAGAGAAGCAGCUUGGUUGCUUUGGUUUAAUAGAACAAGACACUUCCAUAAAAUAUUCCUAUCUGUCAUUUGAGGACCCAGGUAUUUAAAAUUUAACAGCUAACCUCCAUUCCAGCCAUUUACACUGAAAUGGCAUACAUUUUUCAAGUUAGCAGGAAAUAAAAGGCCAAACCAGGGAGAUUAAUUAUGAAGUUUUACUCUAUAAUCACUUACUUAGACCUACCUGAGAAUGAGCUCCAUGGAAUAUAGUGGGACUUACCUUUCAUUAAACAUGCAGAGGAUUGUUCUUUUGAUAUGAUAAAAUACAAAUUAAUUGCAAAUUGUGUAUGCCUUAUCUGAAAAAUUUAAGACUUGAACUGCUUUGUAUUCUUCCCCCCCCCCAAAGUUUAAUAAUUAUAUGUAUAUGUAUACAUUAUGUGAUAUUAUGGAGAUAGGACCAAGUCUCAAUAUGAAAUUCAUGUUUCAUGUACACCUUAUGAGCAAUCACUUGUGGCCAAGUAUGAUUGCCUUCCAGAGGCAAAGUCUAGGCGGUGGGUCCAUAAGUGACUGUAGAGACCUAUUUUGGAUCCGUGUGGCCUUUUACAAUGAGAACAUAGAUUUCCAAAUAGAAGGGGGUCAUAACAAGGGUUUGUUUGAUGUGCUUUCUUCCUCUUCGCACAUUUCUCCCUUUCACCUUCUAUUUGCACCUCUUCAGAAUCCACAGCACUUUUGGUCGCAGCUGAAGUAAUAACUAUGAUUACUUUUCUGUUAUAGAACGUCAUCCUAUUUGUUUAUUCAAAAGUGAGAUACCUCUGAUAGCAGUGGAGCUUAAUUUAAAAGAAGUCCCAACUAUUAUGGAUAAAGAAUCUUUGAUCUUUUCCACUUAGGGGGCCAACAAUUUGAUACCUUGUAUUUAUAUUAAGAAUUUAUAUUAAGAUAUUGAGAUAUUUUGUCCAUGUGAUGGAAAGUGUUCCAGUGUUAAGGAAUGAUUAAUACUAGACGUUUUAGAAAUGGAGAUCAGAGAUAGAAAGACUGUUCAAUGUAGAACCCAGAGUCACUUUAGACCAGUCGCCCACAUCCAGGCUACCUCAGGAUAUCUAUGGAUUCUUGAGUUUCCUAGAGAAAAUGUAGAACACCUAUUCAGUAUUUUAACUCAUUUCUCUGGGAGUAACAGUUGUACUGUUAUACUUUUCAUGAGGAUCUCAACUCGCCAUGAAUUAUUAUCCCAUCGGAGAAAGAUUCUGUAAAAAGUCACCUAUAGUAUAUUUUAUGAAAUCAAGAAGAGCCAUGUCUUCCUUUGGUGAGAGUUGUUUCAGUUCAAGGAGAAAACAAUUAAACAUAGAGAAUUAAAAAUUCCUGCUUCACCAGAGAAUGACAAAUUCUCAGAAAAGAGAAUGUUGACUUUCCUGAGUGGUUAAAUUGCAAUUACCAACAAUAUAUGGUCAGUAUUACAUAUAAAGCAACAAUCAAAAGUUGGGUUGACCAUGGAUAAUAAUAAUAAUAAUAAUAAUAAUAAUAAUAAUAAUAAUAAUAAUAAUAAUAAUAAUAAUAAUAAUUUUAUUUUUGUGCCCCGCCCCAUCUCCCUGAAGGGACUCAGGGCUGCCCGCAUGGGGCCAAGCUCAGUCAACACAAUAAAAUAACACCAUAAAACAGAUUAAAAACAAUAAAAACAAGUCAUAAAAAAUCACAUAUAAGAACAAAAGAUAAAUCUUAGAUAAAAUCAGGAGAAACCUGGGCCAAAGUGCUAGUUAUGGAGAUGUAGGUUUGAUAAUAAAUAAAAGGGUGCUUCUAUUAAAAAAUAUGAAAGUAAAUGUGACUUUUGUGGGCAUGUUUCAUUGCUCACAUUCUGGGAGCUAAACCUGUUGUGUUGUCCACUUUGGCUCUCAUGGCAAAGGAAAACCAUCACAUUGGUUUUAUGCAGCAGUGCCAAAGGUAUUUCAGGGGAAAGUUUUGUGCCUUUUCUCAGUGCCAUUUCCUGAACUUAAUAUCAGUGCCAAGCAGUAGAGCACAGCUUGAAAUAUGCAUUUUAAAAUGCAUUUUGGACUUAUUAGCAGUCAUCAGAAUGGCUUUUGCAGUCUGUUAUAUGAAAACCAAAUUGUUUGCUUUCAUAUAUCGUAUUCGUUUAUAUAUCUGUAACAUGUUGUUACGUAAUAACAAACUUCAUUUUGAAGUGCAGUAAGAUUUCAUGGUUGUCCAUGUGUGCUGACAAUGUACAUACGAUUAACGUAUGGCGGCAAAGGCUCCUUGUUUUGUACCUUUUUAUUUCCCCAUAUGUAAGGAUAGUAAAUCCUUGCCUCCUUGUUUGUAGAAUAAUUGUUUUUAUACCAAAAAUAUGAAUAUUCUUGCUUUCAGAAGUCAUUAUACAUAGCAUUUAUAUUGGGAAAAAUGUAUUGGACUAGUAGCAGUUGACUUCUCAUCUAAUAAAGACAUUAUAUGAUUUA